AAUGAAACAGCACCUCAACCACAGGCUUGGAUCACUGAGUAUUAAAUAUGAUAAGUAUGGAUUGUUCUAUUGUGUCUAACCAGAGAGACGACCAGCUGGACGGCUCCAGAGGACUGAUUGUCUCAGUCCCGUACAAGCAACCUGAUAAUGCUAUGUGAAGUGAAAAGUGAACCUGUGAGCAGGACUGGAACAUGGAGAUGUGAUGAGAUAGUGGACUGGAACACUAGACCAGGACUGAAGAACAAGAGGCAGGAGUAGACAGGAUGAGCACUUGGGACUGGAACAUAAACGCCUGUGGAACAAGCUAUGGAAACAGGGAACUACUGAUUGGUGCAAGAACUGUGGUCUCUUCGAAGUUGAUUACAUGACCGGUCUACAAACUUUGACCAGAAUGGCAGACUACACCAGCAAAGUCAUGUUGCACAUGGCUGCCUCAUGCUGGCAACCAUUUCUGGGGUUCAUCCUCCUUGUCAUCCUUGUGAGCUCUUCCCUGAGCUGCCCUGCCCGCUGUGAGUGCUCUGCCCAGAGCAAGUCCGUCAUCUGUCACCGCAAGCGUUUUAUGACCAUACCUGAGGGCAUCCCAAGUGAGACCCAUAUCCUGGACCUUAGCAAGAAUAAAUUGCGGAACAUCAACUCGGACAACUUCUCCUCCUACCCACACCUGGAGGAACUAGAUUUAAGUGGAAAUCUUAUCAGAUAUGUGGAGCCUGGGGCCUUCAGAUCCCAGGUCAACAUGUACACACUUAGUCUGAAGAGCAACCGUAUCAAUCUCAUUCCCAUGGGUGUCUUCUCCGGUUUGUCCAACCUAACCACGCUGGACAUCAGUGACAACAAGAUUGUAAUCUUCCUGGACUUCAUGUUCCAAGAUCUGAGGAAGCUCAAGUCCCUGGAGUUGGGAGACAAUGAUUUAGUCUACAUCUCACACCAGGCCUUCAAUGGCCUUCUCAGUCUGGAGAUGCUGACCCUUGAGCGGUGCAACCUGACGCAGGUGCCUACAGAAGCACUCUCCCACCUACGUAACCUUGUCAGCCUCCACCUGCGAGAGCUCAACAUCAGUACCCUCCACCCAUACUCCUUCAAGAAACUGUUCCGCCUGCGACACCUAGAGGUAGACAACUGGCCCUUGCUAAAUGUGUUCCCUCCUAACACUCUGCAUGGUCUUAACCUUACCACCCUCUCCAUCACCAACACCCGCCUGUCCACCUUCCCCUACCAGGCCCUCAGGCACCUGUCUUAUCUCACUCACCUCAACCUCUCUUUCAGUCACAUUGGUGUCAUUGAGGGUGGCAUGCUACGGGACCUGGUGCGGCUCCGGGAGCUACACCUGGUUGGGGCUCAGCUAUCCACCAUUGAAUCUGGAGCAUUCCAAGGCCUGCCAGUACUUCGGGUGCUGAAUAUUUCCCACAACCAACUGGAGACUUUGGAGCAGGAGGCCUUCCAAGCCCCUGAGGGGCUGGAGAAGCUACUGAUUGAUGGAAACCCUCUGGUGUGUGACUGCCGCCUCUUGUGGAUCCUGCAGAGACGACACUCCAUCCAGUUUGGUGACUCCCAGCCUUCAUGCAGCACUCCAGAGGGCUUGCAUGCACAACCUUUUCGGGAGCUUGAAGAGAUGCAGUUGUCUUAUUAUGUCACAUGCACCAAGCCUAGAAUCCAGGAGAACGGCACAGAGCUGCUGCUUGUUGAAGAGGGCCAGCCAGCAUGGAUCCAUUGCAUUGCUGAUGGUUCCCCACGGCCGAUAAUCUCAUGGAUUACACCACACCACCGCCAGAUCACUAACAAGGCCAACAGACGCAUGACUGUCUACCCAAAUGGUACGUUGGAGAUCAAGAUUGUGGAGGUGCACGACAGUGGCACAUACCUGUGCACAGCAAGCAAUGCUGCUGGGAAUGAGACUUUCUCAGCCUCUUUGAUUGUGCAAAGCAUGAGCAUCAGUGACAGAUCAUUGUAUACUAACCGGACCCCUCAGUACUACACAGACCGCAAUAACGUGGCGACCAACAGGACAGACCUGCACAGUCUUCCUUUUGGUGUAGAUCUGAAGACUAUCCUGGUGUCAACAGCGAUGGGCUGCUUCACAUUUCUAGGGGCAGUUCUCUUCUGCUUCCUGGUCCUCAUUGUGUGGAGUCGCGGGAAAGGAAAGCAUAAAAGCAACAUUGAUAUUGAGUAUGUCCCGCGCAAGUCUGCUGGAGCAGCUGCAGACCCCCCAGAUACAAGUGGGCCCCGGCGUGUAAACAUGAAAAUGAUUUAGGCACCGUCACGACCCCAAGUUUUUAUACUGCAACAGAAGGCAGAGAAAUUACUUCUUAUUUAACAUGGACAGGACAGUGGCUCAGCAAGUCCCA